GCAAGUGACUGUUCCUCUAAUGUGCGCGUGUGCGCGCGUGUGUGCGCUGAGUGCUACAGCCAAAUUUGAGCCAGAGAGUAGUACAAUGAAAGAGAGGUAUAACUCCGCCUCCGGCAUCAAACAGCUCGCAUUCCUCAUUCGCAGCCCUGCAGAUUAGAAAGACAGAGAGUGGUGAAGAGGGCACGAGAGAAGGGGAAUAUAAUGACCAUGGCAUUACACAGAACGUCUCAGCUUUUGAAAACCGAACGCAGCGCACCACUGACGACGAUCGGGGCAUGGAUCACACGCGCGACGUUCUUAGAGUCGGUUAAUGUCGUUACACCAGCUUUGGGGGAAAAAUGAGGGUUAUCUACAUCCUGAACGCGGGGUUCGUCGCUGCUUUCUCGGGAGGCGACGACUAUGAAGGUUUUCCCUUUUAUUUUUGACUUGGUAAAAUGAAACGAUACGGCAGCAUUUUGCAGUAGACGAAAAACACCGCCCUGCAUAAUUUAGCUAGGCAGACCGAGAGAACAUGCCGCUACUGGGGAAACUGGCAAAAUUUGCGAAUAUAUUAAAUGUGGGCUACCUUGCAAUAUUUUUAUACUUUAAUUAGACUAGUCCCGUGCAUUUUGUGCAUAUUAUUGUUCUUAUAUCGGGAUGCGUUAUCAGAAAGUGAAAGUGGACGCAGGCUGAACGAUAAACUGCGAUAGUCUUUAAGGCUCAUCCUAAUUAAUCACUACCCAAUGAGCAUUUAUGCAGCCAUUAUUAAAACCAUAUUAUACUUCGUAUUGUAGGUUAUUUGUAAUGUUUAUGAACCGACUCAUUAAAGGGCAGGACAACACAAUUAACGUUUCUCUGUCUUUCUCAGAUGAAUGUGCGAGCCAACUGUAAUAUUUAUAGUUGUGAUACUCCAAACGAAAUUUAAAUGGGAAUAAUAAAACAGGCCUAAAAUAUAUGCAAAGACAAUCUUAUAUCUAAUCUAUGUAUUAUGUUUUACGCGUUUAUGUAGGCUAUUUAUUUAUUUAUUGUCUUUAUUAUUAUUAUUAUUAUUAUUAUUAUUAUUAUUAUUAUAAAUACCAGAAAAUACAAGGCGUGUUCGAAAUCGUCAGGGUUAAUAACCUUACAUUGAGAUGGAGGCUGCGAGUAUAUCAUCCAUCGGGCUGUCCGGACCAGGAGCCGAGCAAGCUCAAGGCUCCUCAGGGAAGUCUCGGGGAGACAAGCAGAUUCCGCCGUCAUCUGGUGAGCCGUCACCGACAGCUGACGGCGGCGCGAGGCGCUCCGGCGUGAAGAAGCACCAUCACAAACACAACCUGAAACACCGCUACGAAUUACUGGAGACUCUCGGGAGAGGGACGUACGGCAAAGUCAAGAAGGCUAUCGAAAUACACACCGGGAGAAAGGUGGCCAUUAAAUCCGUCCGUAAGGAGAAGAUCAAGGACGAGCAGGACAUGGCGCACAUCCGCCGGGAGAUAGAGAUCAUGUCCUCCCUCCGACACCCCCACAUCAUCUCAGUCUACGAAGUGUUCGAGAACAAGGACAAGAUCGUGAUCGUGAUGGAGUACGCCAGCAAGGGCGAGCUGUACGACUUCAUCAGCGAGCGCCACAGGCUGAGCGAGAGGGAGACGCGCCGCUUCUUCAGACAGAUCGUCUCAGCCGUGCACUACUGCCACAAGAACGGGGUGGUGCACAGGGACUUGAAACUGGAAAACGUGCUACUGGACGAAAACUGCAACAUUAAGAUCGCCGAUUUCGGCCUUUCUAACCUCUACCACAAAGACAGGCUCCUCCAGACCUUCUGCGGGAGCCCCCUCUACGCCUCGCCGGAGAUCGUGAACGGGAGGCCGUAUCGCGGCCCGGAGGUGGACAGCUGGGCGUUGGGGGUGCUGCUGUACACGCUCGUCUACGGGACCAUGCCGUUCGAUGGAGGAGACCACAGGAACCUCAUCCGCCAAAUCAGCAACGGGGAGUACCGCGAACCCACCCAGUCCUCAGAUGCGCGCGGCCUGAUUCGCUGGAUGCUGAUGGUGAACCCGGAGAGGCGGGCCACGGUGGAGGACAUCGCCAGCCACUGGUGGGUGAACUGGGGGUGCAAGAGCAGCGUGUGCGACUGCGAGCCGCGCCGCGACGCCGGGGGGGCCCCGACGCUCGCCCCCUUCAUCCGCCGGCCGGGGCGCGGCGAGCCCCACCCCGCCCCGCCCGAGACCGGCCCCUUCCCCGAUCAGCGGCCCAAGAAGGCCAAGAAGGAGGAGGAGGCGGCGGCGGCGGCCUGCGGGGGGGCGGAGGAGAAGGCGGGGCUUAAGAGGCCGAAGAGCAUCCUGAAGACCAGGUCCUCCCACAGCCAGGUGGCGCCAGACCCGGCUGCCGCCACCACCCCGCACGCCCAGGAGGGGGGGUCGGCGUCCAGCCCCGAGAGGGAGGAAGAGGAGCCGGCUUUGGCGGGGGGGUCCCCCCCGAAGAUGGCGCCGUCCCUCCCCAAGAAGGGCAUCCUGAAGAGCAGCCGGCAGCGGGAAUCCGGGUACUACUCCUCGCCCGAGCGCAGCGAGUCCUCCGAGCAGCUGGGGGGCGCCGCUCUGCCGGCCCGCACCGGCUCGCCGCCCAAGAGAGCUGCCGGCCGGAAGAGCAUCCUGAAGCGCGACGGGAAGUACUCGGCCCGCGGCGGCCCGCCGGCGGGGGAGCCGGGCCCCGGGGACUCGGGGCUGUCCCGCAGCCAGAGCCGGCCGUCCAGCAUGGCGGGCGACGCGCCGGGCCUCUCGGCCGCUGCUCUCGGCGGGGCGGAGUGGCCCCCCACCGCCCCGCCUCCGCCACCGUCCGCCCGGCCCAACAUCCGGCCCUGCGUCUCCGCCGAGAACCUGCUCCAGCUGGCCGGCUUCCGGGGCCCCCUGGGGGCGGGGGGGAGGGCGGGGCGUGGGGGGCGGGGGCGGCGCGGGUCCCCCGGGGACGACGGCAGCUUCUCGCUGCUGGAGGACCUGGACGAUGUGACUCAGGUGUACCAGCAGGCCCUGGACAUCAGCGGCAGCCUGAGCUAGAGCCCCGGCGGGGGGGGGGUGGUUUCCCUGACGACCAGUA